CGCGUCCACGGCCACAUUCGCAGCUUCUACCGCGGGAAGAGGGUCGCAUUCCUCGCGAAUCUCCUGCUGGAGAUGUAUGGCAAGUGUGGCAGCCUCAGCGACGCGCGCCAGAACGGGCAUUGCAAGGAGGUCGUGCGGCUCUACUGGGAGAUGUCCAACCAGGGAGUGAAGAUGGAGAACAGCGUCGUCUUCCUCCUUGUUCUUGGCGCAUGCUCCAAGCUGGGCAGCUUCAAACCGGAUGUGGAAGCGCGGAGGAGGCACGCAGAGAAUUCGACAGGAUCGCCACGAAGAACGUCGUGACUUGGAGCGCCAUGCUUGGAGCAUAUGCCCGAAACGGGCAUAGCAGGCAGGCUGUGGAGCUCUACAGACGAAUGGUCCACGAGGAGAAGCUAGAGCCCAGCGAAGUGACGUACCUCGGCGUUGUGGAGGCCUGCGCGAGCUUGCGCAGCCUGGAUCUGGGACGAGAAAUCCACAGGAGCAUCGAAGCAGCCGGGAGACUUGAGAUUGAUGCCGCGCUGGGGAAUGCGCUCAUCGGGAUGUACAGCAAGUGUCGGAGCUGCGACGAUGCAUGGAGAGUUUUCGAGAGCAUGAAAAACAAGACGGUCUUCUCGUGGAACUGUAUGAUCUCGGCGUUCACGCAGCAGGGCCAGAACAGGAGAGCUCUCCAGCUCUACCAUCGAAUGGAACCCGAAGGUAUGAAACGCAACUUGGUCACUUUCCUCAGUGCUCUCACUGCCUGCUCGGCUCUCCAGGAUCUGGCACAAGGCAAAGCCAUCCACGCCCGAGUGGCUGACGCUGGAUACGAUGCCCAAGUUGUCGUGAGAAACGCGCUGGUACACAUGUACAGCAAGUGUGGAGAUCUAGACGCCGCCAGGGACGUCUUCGACAACACCGUCGAGAGAAGCGAGGUGUCGUGGAACUCGAUCAUGGCGGCGUACGCUCAGAACGGCCGUGCCGCGGAAGCUCUCGAGCUCUACCGGAAGAUGGACGUCCAGCCCGACUGCAUCACUUUCACCACCGCGCUGGAUGCUUGCUCGAGGCUGCGAGCUCUGGAUCAAGGCAGGGAGAUCCACCAGCGGCUCGUUUCCUCGGGGCUCAUGCCGGACGCUGCCACCGGGAACGCGCUGAUAACCAUGUAUGGGAGGUGCUGCUGCCUGGACGAGGCGAGAGCGGUGUUCGACGCAAUGGAAGCCAGGGACGUGGUCACCUGGACGGCGAUCAUCGCAGCCUACUCUCAGAGCGGCGAUGCGAGACAAGCUCUGGAGAUCUACGCGAGGAUGAGAGCCGAGAGCAGCGUCAAGCCAAACGAGAUAACUCUCGUCGCCAUCGCCGACGCUUGCUGCGCAGCCAAGGAUCUCGUCCAGGGCAGGCUCGUUCACUCGAGAGCAAUCUCCUCCAAGUUCCAGAUCCAUGGCUCGCUGGGGAAUGCGCUGGUAAACAUGUACGCCAGCUGCGGCAGCCUGGUGGAAGCCCGGAAGCUCUUCGACGAGAUGCGCGACCACAGGGACGUGAUAUGCUGGUCCUCGAUGAUCGCGGCCUACGCUCGCCAUGGCCACGCCGCGGAAGCUCUCAACCUUUUGUCCGAGCUGUGCUUGGAAGGAGUGGAGCCGGAUCACAUAACUUUCAUCACGAUCUUGUUCGCGUGUAGCCAUGCCGGGCUGGUGGCCGAGGGGAGGUACGUGUUUGCUUUGAUGGUGGAGGAUUACUGUGGCUGCCCGGACGCGCAGCAUUACCAGUGCUUGGUGGAUGUUCUUGGCAGGGCCGGAUGGAUGCCGCUGGCGGAAGAGCUGGUCAAGAGCAUGCCGUUUGAGCCCGAGUGUGCUGCGUGGAUGACGCUGCUGGGAUCUUACAAUGUUUGUGGUGACUAUCAGCGAGGACGCCAGGCCGCGGAGCUUGGUCUUUGUUGAUGGUUGACAUCUAACGGCUGUCAAUAGUUGUGCGCAUCGUAGCCGUCAAGAUGGAGUAUAUCUAAUCUCAUGUCUCAUGACAAUCUCAAGAAGUGGACUUUAUUGAGCGGGUUGUUUAGGAGUCAUUGAUAUAUAAAAAUUCUUGUGCUAGAAUGAUGA